AGCGUAGUGUGUGUCCGGAAGAGAGCGGGAGUAGCAGCAGUGAUCAGUCUGUCUCCAGUUAGCUGAAUAACAAAGUCCUGAGGAAACACAGCGGCCUCCCAAGGAACAGCCUGCCUGUCUGCCUCAUUUCAGAGUGGGUUAUUGAAGCCGAAGCCUGGUGCUUCAGUCCGGGAAGACUGCAGAGAGUCCUCCCCUGUAUUCCUCCACUACGGUCUGGGAGCAGCAUCUAUCUCCACUGUUGCUGUACCCAUGUUAAUGUCCCUCUGUGGGACCAAUAAAGGACUUCUGAUUCUGCGGAUAGACAGAAGAGAGGGGGGAGGGGCGGGUUGGAGAGCGGCCUUCUUCUUUUCCCGAAGAGUCCUCUUCCUCGCAGCCCACCGUAUCCCAGGAUGCAAUGCGCGCCAGUGACGAGGACACAAAGCAAAUGUCGGUCCGGUCUCAGAGAGAAAGCAGCACGUGAGGAGUAACUGAUAAACGACAAUUCUGGAGGACUGGGUCUGCUGGGGAAGGAGCUGCCACCCACACAGGACCCCCCUUGGUGAUAUUGUCAUAUCAUAUACACAACUACGGUGUAGUUAUGCUAUGCAAACACGUCCAGCAGCUGGUGGUGGUUAAAGAAGAGGUUCCCCCUGAGCAGCAGGAGUGGAGCUCCAGUCUGGACCAGGAGGACCCAGAGCCCCCCCCACACAUUAAAGAGGAGCAGGAGGAACUCUGGAGCAGUCAGGAGGGAGAGCAGCUUCAAGGGCUGGAGGAGGCUGAUAUCACCAAGUCCACAUUCACUCCUGUCCCUGUGAAGAGUGAAGAUGAUGAAGAGAAACCUCAGUCCUCUCAGCUUCAUCAAAGACAAACUGAACACCUGGAAACAGAAGCUGAUGGAGAGGACUGUGGAGGACCAGAACCAGCCAGGAACUCAGAUCCAGAGAGACAUUUACAACCAGAGACUGAGGACAACCCUGGAGACUCUUCUGAACCUGACACUGAAGACAGUGCUGAUUGGAUGGAAACCAGAGAACCAGGUUCAAACUCUCAGAGAAAUGAACAAGACUCUGUCAGUGAUUCAGGAGAGAAAACAUUCAGCUGCUCAGUCUGUGAGAAAUCUUUUAAAUGGAGAGGACAUUUAAAGAGACACAUGAGAAUCCACACAGGAGAGACACCGUUCAGCUGCUCAGUCUGUAAGAAAUCUUUUACACAGAGAGGAAGUUUAAAGGACCACAUGAUAAUCCACACAGGAGAGAGACCGUUCAGCUGCUCAGUCUGUGAGAAAUCUUUUACACAGAGAGGAAAUUUAAAGUGCCACAUGAGAAACCACACAGGAGAGAAACCAUUCAGCUGCAGUGUUUGUGACAAAAGAUUCACCUGGAGUCAUAAGGUAAAAAUCCAUAAGUGUGUUGCUCGUCAGUCCUCACAGCUUCAUCAAACUGAGGAGAACAGACAGGCAGAGCCUCCAGCCAGCAGCUCAGCUGAACACAUGGAAACAGAAGCUGAUGGAGAGGACUGUGGAGGACCAGAACCAGCCAGGAACUCAGAUCCAGAGAGACAUUUACAACCAGAGACUGAGGACAACCCUGGAGACUCUUCUGAAGACACUGAAGACAGUGCUGAUUGGAAGGAGACCAGGGAACCAGGUUCAAACUCUCAGAGAAAUAAACAAGACCCUGUCAGUGAAUCAAGAUGUAGUGCAGGAGAGAAACCAUUCAGCUGCUCAGUCUGUGAGAAAUCUUUUACACGGAGAGGAAGUUUAAAGGAACACAUGAGAAUCCACACAGGAGAGAAACCAUUCAGCUGCUCAAUUUGUAUGAAAUCUUUUGCAGUAAGAGGAUUUUUAAACAGACACAUGAGAGUCCACACAGGAGAGAAACCAUUCAGCUGCUCAAUUUGUAUGAAAUCUUUUGCAGUAAGAGGAAGUUUAAAGGACCACAUGAGAAUCCACACAGGAGAGAAACCAUUCAGCUGCUCAAUUUGUAUGAAAUCUUUUAAACAGAGAGGAAAUGUAAAGGAACACAUGAGAAUCCACACAGGAGAGAAACCAUUCAGCUGCUCAAUUUGCAUGAAAUAUUUUGCACAGAGAGGAAGUUUAAAAGUACACAUGAGAAUCCACACAGAAAAUAAAACAUUCAGCUGCUCAAUUUGUAUGAAAUCUUUUGCACAGAGAGGAAAUUUAAAAUUACACAUGAGAGUCCACACAGGAGAGAAACCAUUCAGCUGCAGUGUUUGUGACUUAAGAUUUACUUGGAGUCGUUCGGUCACAAAUCAUAAGUGUGUUGGUCGUCAGUCCUCACAGCUUCAUCAAAGACAACAUGAACAUAUGGAAACAGAAGCUGAUGGAGAGGAAUGUGGAGGACCAGAACCAGCCAGGAACUCAGAUCCAGAGAGACAUUUACAACCAGAGACUGAUAAAGGUGGCGAACCAUCUCUAGAACCUGAUGACAAUGUUGACAUUGAGUUUUGGAAAGAUACCAGGCAGCAUCAGUCUGGGUUCACUUAUCGAAGAAAUAAAAAAGUAUCUAUAAGUAAAGGAUAUAUGACCAGUAAGACAGCAGUCAGCUGCUCUGAUGACCAGGUUCAAACAGAUCCCAGGACUGGUGAUGGUGUUUGUUUUUCCACACAGACCAGGCAACCUCAUUCAGGUCCAAACCAUUUGGAAACUGAGGACGUUUCCAUCAGCGAGAAUCCAUUCAGUCCCUCAGAGCGUAAAGAUCAAUAUGAGGACAGUCAGCUGACGCACAAAACAUCUCCCACAAGAGAGAAACCAUUCAGUUGCUCAUGUUGUGGUAAAUGGUUUGCAACAGAAGGAAAUCUGACCAGGCACAUAUGUGUCCACACAGAGGAGAAACCACCCAGUUGUGUGGAGUCGCAGCUCUUGAACCACGAGUGUGUCGGCGAGCCCUCUCAUUGUCACACUUCUAACCCACUGUUCGACAGCUCUCAGUGUGGAACAGUAAUAGACCGAAAGCACCAGCUGCCGGUUACCAGCAGAUUUCAGAAAAGUCUGAAACCGAAUGAUGGCUCACUUUGUGGUAUCGCUUUUUCCAAUCUUGAAAGUUCUCACAUGCCUGGUCAGUUUGGGGAGAAACCUUUCUGCUGCUCUGUGUGUAACUCAGGUUUCAGUGACAGCGAGGCUUUAGUACAACACAUGAGGAUCCACACGAGACAAACCCAGUUUAGUUGCUCACUUUGUGGUAAAGAAUUUGCAUGGAGAAGAUCUCUGACUAAACAUAUGAAAGUCCACAAAAGGCCGAAAUUAUGCUGCAGAUAUUGUAACAGAAUGUUCCCUUCGCAAUUUACGCUGAAAUACCAUGAAUGUGAGGGUAAGUCCUCACAGCCUCUUCAAACAGAAGAUGUAGAAACAGAAGCUGAUGGAGAGGACUGUGGAGGACCAGAACCAGCCAGGAACUCAGAUCCAGAGAGACAUUUACAACCAGAGACUGAGGACAACCCUGGAGACUCUUCAGAGACUGAAGACAGUGAAGAGGAUGAUUUUUGGAAACAGAGCAGUGAAGGCCUGUCAGAUUUAAACUCUCUGAAACAUGCAUUUGAUGAAGAGAAACCUCAGUCCUCACAGCUUCGUCAAAGACAAACUGAACAUCUGGAAACAGAAGCUGAUGGAGAGGACUGUGGAGGACCAGAACCAGCCAGGAACUCAGAUCCAGAGAGAAAUGUACAACCAGAGACUGAGGACAACCCUGGAGACUCGUCUGAACCUGACACUGGAGACAUUGGAGAUUCGAAGGAGACCAGAGAACCAGGUUCAAACUCUCCGAAAAAUAAACAAGACCCUGUCAGUGAUUCAAGACGUAGUACAGGAGAGAAACCAUUCAGUUGCUCAGUCUGUGAUAAGUCUUUUAAACAGAGGGGACAUUUAAAGGAACAUAUGAAAAUCCAUACAGGAGAGAAACCAUUCAGCUGCUCAGUCUGUAAAAAAUCCUUUCCAACGAGAACAAAUUUCCAUAGACAUUUGAGAAUACACACAGGAGAGAAACCAUUUAGCCGCACAGUCUGUGAGAAAGCUUUUGCCCUGAAAGAACCUUUCCAUCGACACAUGACAAACCACACCGGAGAGAAACCAUUCAGCUGCAGUGUUUGUGAAAAAAGAUUCACACAGAGCUAUCAGCUCAAAAGCCAUAAGUGUGUUGGUCGUCAGUCCUCACAGCUUCAUCAAACUGAGGAGAACAGAGAGGCAGAGCCUCCAGCCAGCAGCUCAGCUGAACACCUGGAAACAGAAGCUGAUGGAGAGGACUGUGGAGGAUCAGAACCAGCCAGGAACUCAGAUCCAGAGAGACAUUUACAACCAGAGACUGAGGACAACCCUGGAGACUCUUCUGAACCUGACACUGAAGACUCUUCUGAACCUGACACUGAAGACAGUAAUUAUUGUUAGGUUUAAACUUCAAAUAAAACCAUCCCACCCAUUUGGACUGGGGUAACCUAAAUGAA